ACAGUCGCCAUAUUGCUAUUUUUCCAACAAAAGUUCUGCGAAGAUUUUUCUCACGCGGAAAAAGCAAGGAAGAACAGUGGCAAGAGGCGUGAAAGUGCGUCCGUUUGGUGGAAAACGUGCAAAAUAGCGCCCAAGACGUGUGCGGAGGUACGGGAAUGCGGUGGAAGGGCGCCCUUGGUGAUAUGAUUAGAGUGCCAGGCGUUGAGCGAGUGCUUGAUACGGAGAAAAAUGAUAUUCCGUCUUGAUCCUGACGUCAUUGGAGAAAAUGGUGAAAUAAUUUGACGGCGGUGCGAUAUUGAGAGAGGUAGAAUUAUCAACUAGCGCGUGAAAAUAUUGCAUUUCAAAAGCAUGGAAUGCACCAGUCAUCAUCAGCUUUACAGAUCCCUCCUAUCGACGGCGAGGCACUUGGAUGAGCAGAAAUCCUGGGAGAGCCUCUCGCAAUUGCUAGGCGAGGAUGUGAAGCAGAAGCGGCUGUCGAUUGUGCGGAAGUGCGAGUAUCUAAUCUACCAGGACGAUGAGACUGUGAGUCCGAAGGCGAGGGUGCUGCUUUGGCGGAAGGGCUUCUACGAGCCCAUCGCUAUGGCGAAGCGUUUGGUGCGCAGUAAAAUUCCCACGCUGGAGGAAAUGAAGAGCCUUGAGGAGUUUAUUUUGAGUGCCAUUGAGCGUCUGAAGGUGAUCUUUAUCACAGUUGAGAGACGCUUUGAUCUGGAUCUGAAGUUCCUCAUUGAUCUCGGCAUCUUUGGGUGCGCCGAUGUGAAAACGGACGUGGAGAAGAGCGAGAAUCUGUCUGUAGCUUCCAGGAGCUACGCUCUGGACACAAUUCACGCCUUGGCCAUCUCUCUGGGAGAUUUGCAUAGAUACUAUCUGGAUUUCUCCUUCCCAAACGCGCUUGGGACUGCAGAAGAAGCUGCAGCGUUCUAUUUCGAAGCCUUCAAGUUGAAUCCGAAAGUGGGAAUGCCACAGAAUCAACUGGGAACGCUGCUCACGGACAAGAAUCAUCAUCUGGAUGCUGUUUAUCAUUACUUUUACGCUCUGGUGUGUUCUGUGCCAUUCGAUCCAAGUGAGGAGAACGUAGCAAAGAUCCUUUUGGAGAAUGCCAACUAUCUGGAACAUCUGGACAUGGAGCAAGAGGACUAUGAAAUGACAGUGAAGGAUUUCCUGGCGCGAUUCAUACUUGUGGCAGACAUCUUCUUUUAUGACAAAGAAGUGGCGGACUUCAGUGGACUUUGUCAUGCUCUUUUGAUUGAUCUGAAAUCGAUGUUGGAAAAGCGAAGAACUGUCCUAACAUCAGACAUGCUGUACAAGAUGACAGCAAUCAUGUUUUUCUGCAUGGCAAAGCUGCAGCGAGUGAAUUCGGAGAAAGUGCAUCACUUGAACGCCUUCCUCCUGGCCAUUUGCGCUCAGAUGAUUGCCUCGUGCAUCCAACAAGUGGAGGAGUUUGCAGGGCAUCGCGAAGAGCAGAAUAGUCAGUUUAAAGAAGCUUACUUACAUCGCUAUGAAGCUUACGAUAAGCGUGUGCGUGAGGCGCGCAAAGAGCGACAGAAGGUUCAGGACAGAAUGCCAAAAACGCCCUCGGCUUCUUCAUACUCAGACAGGAAUAGUCUCUCAGUUGGAGGAGGAUCCAGUCAGAUGGAGAAGGGAGUUCAACAGACAACUAAAGAUGCCAGGAAAGUCAAGUCAACGAAGAUGAGAAGACGUCGCAAGAGGAGACAAUCUUCUGUCUCUUCAGAGAGUGAUCUCACGUCCAAUUUUGACUCGGAAUCUGAAUCCUCAGAUGUCUCUUCAGUGCUUUCAGACACUGAUGAUGAGGAGGAGCAGGAGACGAAUGCUUCUGUAGUGGAGAAGGAGAUCUUCAAUGACUUCUCUAUGAUUAAUCUCAAUGGAUUGACAUUCAGUGAUGUGCAGAUUCCUACCGAUGGGGAAGAUGAUGACGUUGUUAUCGAGGAAGAGACCAUAAUGUUUCCUGGGAAUCAACCUGAAGUGGAUGUGGAAAUUGACAGAGAGGAGGAACCUUCAUCAGAACCACCAAAAAAGAUGAAAUUUAAGCAGAAGUUCCACAAAAUUGAUCCAAACAUCAUAGUUGAGUUCGCCCAAACAGAGAUCACUCUUCAGGCGCUGAAGCUACUGUUUGAGUGGCUGAGGAAUAAUCGAGAGAUCGUAAUAAGUUGCCAGCAGACAAAUCCUGAGUUCAUCCAUCAGACCAUGGCCCUCCUCAACUACUUUAACAUUGACAUUUUCACCAGCAAAGUCUUCUUCGAGCGACAAAUGCUUCACGUGGCAGAAGUGAGAGAGGAUCUUCGGGGGCUGUUUGACGAACGCCUGCACAUCCCAAUCCGGGAGGACAUGGCGCUGAAGCACUUUUCGCUCUUUGCGGCCAAUCAGGAGCACUUGGACUGGGAAAUGUCGGCCAAACUCGCAAUAUCCACGUGUGAAGAGAACAUCUUGAGACUCUUUAAGAUGCUGGACUUUGGCUUCUACAUUUGCAAAACCUUUAAAUUCAAUUAUGUAUUUUGCACUAAGGCCAGAGUUUUCGUGGAGAACUUUCUGGCGAAGAAGAAAAAGCGUCCGAAGCGUGCAAAAACAAAGAACCAUGACUCACGCGUGCGCAUCUCGAGGCCGAGUGAUGCCUCUGAGGAGGAUGGCGACAGCAGUGGCGGCAGAAGGAAUCCAAAGAAGGGCUACUUGAGGAACCGCAAUGGAGACAGCGUGAUCAAUGUGCCGGACAAUGAGAAGAACAGCAAGAAAAUCGAGGAUGGCGAUAAGAACGAGAAAUACGCCUUGAUGGGAAAACUGUGGCUGAGGAGCGAAGUGAAAUCUCUGGAAUCCAAGAUCAAGAAGCCAAACGGCCUACACUUGACGCCCUACUUGAUGAUGGACUCCAAAUCACUCACGGAAUUCCAGGCGACCGUGAAGAGUCUGGUGAAAGCGCGCAAGUUCGUUGUUCUCAUCCCAAAUGCUGUGCUAUCGGAAUUGGAUGAACUGAAGAAGCAUAGCGACGGCGCCAGGAAUGUCAUCAGGUGGUUAGAACAUGAGUUCAGCAAAGGCAAUCGCUUUCUUCGCUCUCAGCGUGAUCACGAAAUCCGCCCUUUGCCUCUAUUGAAGAUCCCCAAGAAAAUCGAUCGCGAGGCUUCUGUCUUUCUGCAGAUUGCCCAAUUUUGCAACUACAUUGUAACGAAUCAAAUGAAUCCCGAUGGCAGUACAGAUGUUGUGACUUUGCUGACUGGGGAGAACUUGAUGGAGAAAAAGUGCCCGCAUUUCAGCUUCUACGGCAUUCUGAAUUCCAUUCCCGUCAAGUUCGACCAAAUCCAGGGAUUCUAUGCCAAAUACAGGAAGAAGUGAGUCCACAGCUCGAUUUCGAUGGUCAAGAAUUCAAUGACUCUUCAGUGGCGCGCCGCACUUGUGGACCUGGAGGUUGCGAAGACUGUGUUCAGACAUAUCUUCUCCUCCUAAGCCAGUGGCGAUCCAAUUGUUUUGCCGUUGCGAUGUUGGAAGCGCAUGUUCACCCUGGAAUUGUGGCGACACUCCUCCUUAGCAUCUUACCCUGGAAAACGAUCAAGAACAUACGGGGCGACGAAACACCUUUCUGGACGGUUGUGCAGUGCGGCAGGAAAGCACUCUGUUGACCGCCUUACUUUAUUCGUUCUUUUUCUCACUCUGUUUUCUGCUCAAUUUUUAA